CCAGCCCUUUGUGUGACCCUCUCUUGUAAUGAUCGUAGGAGUGGAUGAGGACCUGUCCUCCGGCUGGCUGGGGAGUGCCAUUCUGGGAUGCAGAGAGGAGGACUGAGUGAGGGUAGGUGUGACUGGAGCUGGAUUUAUGUUGCUUUUGUGGCUAUGUCAGAAACCUAGAAGUACGAGGAAGAGCCAGACGGGUUGCUGAAACCUCUCACGCUGCGGAUCACUGCUGCAGCAAACGGCUGUGGUGAACAUCUUCAAAAAGCAGUGGGGUGUCUGGUGGUGCAGGCAAGGCUUUGAGGACACAUCUGACUUAUUGGUGUGGUUGGAGGAAAAGCUGAGGCCUUGCUUUGGAGAAACAAGUGUGCAUAUGUCGUUAAAGUGUGAUGUUCUUAGACCCCAGUUUUGAUGUUCAAGAUCAAAGCCUGUGUGUUGGGAUGGCUUCCUUCAGCCACAGAGGAGACAAAUCUCCAGUUUGUUCUGGUAUUAAGCAUUUCCUUUUUUUUAAAUACUGCCCCAUACAAAUACACACUUCAACAUAGGUCUGUAAAACGGAGGAGCAAACUGCUGUUUAAAAUUACUUCUGUGCACCUAUACAUCUGUGGGAAAAUCUCAUUGCCACCACUUGGAAAUCUGCAGUCAAUGAGGAAUGGAAACUGGAAACUGAGCAAUGGAAAUGUCCCUGUCUCUCCUCGCUAUGAUUUUGUAAUGAGCUCCUGUAAGUGCUGGUCCUUGCAGCACAGCCUGAAUUCUGGAUCCUUUCUUGGAAAGCAAGAGAAAUUCUACCAAGGUUGUUUUUUAUCACGGUGGGACGGUGUCUGUGACCAGCGUUCUGUGACUCGGGAUCCGUGCCCUGUUGGAGGAGCCAAGGAAAAGGCAGGAUGUGCAACAGGCAGCGUACCCGACCGGAGGACAAAACCAAGGAACAACAGGGAAAGGAGGAGCGUUGGCUUCCUGGUGAUCUCCUUGCUGAUCCUGGUGGCCCUCACUGGAGUGGGGCUGAGCAUGUUUCAGAUUUUCCACCUGGAGAAGGAACUGGCUGAACUCAGAGAGUCUGCCAGUAUUGAACACAUCCCUCCAGCUUUGGAGAAACUCAUAGGGCAGAAGGAGCAGUCAAUGAUAAAGGAAGAGAGGAACGCAGCACACUUAACAGGGAACCCGGUCCAGCAGGGCCUCCCUCUGGAGUGGGAACCCAUCUCUGGCCAUGCCUUCACCAACGGCAUUCAGUACCGCAAUCAGGGCCUCGUCAUAAAUGAGACUGGCUUGUACUUCGUAUACUCCAACGUGCUCUUCCGGGGCAGUGUCUGCAGCAGCCAGGUGUUGAGCCACAUUGUCUACAAGAAAAACCCAGCCUUGCCAGGCAGCCACGUGCUGAUGGAGGACAAAGGCAUCAACUACUGUACAAGUCAGAAAACAUGGGCCCGGAAAAGCUACCUGGGGGCUUUAUUCAAGCUCAGGAAGAUGGACAGUUUGCAUGUCAACGUCUCCAAAAUUGCUCUGGUUAAUUUUGAGGAAUCCAAGACAUUCUUCGGCUUAUUUAAGCUUUGAAUGGGGCUGUUGGAGUGUGGCUGGCAGCCCCCCCCCCCCCCCCACACACUAGGAUGCGUGAGGGGUGAGUGCUGCCUGAGCAGCAGUGGCCAAGCCAGGGUCUCGCACCACCAAGAAACUAUGUUUUGGCCUUCAGUGUAAGAGGGUUCAAGCAACAGGUAAAGGCUUGAAAGCAGACCUGCAGACCUCUGGGAAGCACUGGGGCUGUACUGUGUCUACCUGAAGAGAAUCACACAUUUUCCCCCUCUGAAAAAAACAACAAACUCAAAACAUAGCGUGCUGAAGACCCCAUUGAAACUCACUACUUGCUACCUGAGAAGAUGCUGGUGUCAGCGGCCCCACAUGGCAUCAUGGCCCUGGUGAGCUUGGGCCAGCAGGCGUGUGGGAACAGCCGGCGGGCAUCGAGGAGGCCCCUUGAGCCAAGGCUGCGGGUGCCUGGGCCAUGCUGUGCCACACCACAGGCAGUGGUGUGGGAAUGAGUAGUACGGAGGCCUCAGCUGCCUGCCCCAAGCCAUGGCUGGCCACCCUGCCCAGGCCCUUGGCACUGUGACUGCUGUAUGACCAGCACCUGCCUGCUAGCUGGUUUGUUAGGUGUGAUACAUUCAUUUUGCAUUAAGUUAUCGACCAUUCCCAUCCCAGAAAAUGUCCCCCCAACCUCUUUAUUUAACUCCUUGCAAGGAAUGUGCCAGAAGCAGUGGUGCCAUGACAGGGGUCCCAGCCUGGAAGAGAAACCACGACUGUGCCGUGGUGGUGGAGCUGGUGGGGAAGCCACAUGCUCUGCUGACAGGAACCGAAUAAGACAGUGGUGGAGGGCAGUGGGGCCUGAGAUGAAAGCAGCAUCUCCAACCCCCUUCCCACCCUUUUGACACAUCAGCGUCCCCCAUGGAGACCUGGUCCUGCCACCCCCUGCGCGGUGCAGGUGGGGGCAUGCUGACCACCAUCAACAGCAUGUCUUUGGCUGGCCCCCUUGUCACAGGGUAUU